AUGGCCGGAGCUCGCAUGGCCUACGGCAGCCCUGCCAGCAGUGACGACGGUAGCGUCGACAGCUCUGAGGGCGGCGCGCCUCUCUACGCGUUGUCCCCACAGCAGCGCCUUUCUCAAGAGGAAUAUGCUAAAUCUUCCUCCAAACGCUCAUCUUCCUUUGCAAAUUCGGGUGCUGGCGCCUCCAUUGACCAACAUCUCAGGACUCAGUUCGGGUUUGCUGCUGAGCGAGCAAAAACCCCAUCCGACCAGGGAAUUCGGACGCCGGCGCCCGUCAAGCCCCAGCGAUCCUUCUCCAAGUCGACGCUUCGGCCUGCGGCUAAGGCGUACCUGAACACGACGACUACCUCAGCCAGUUCUGUCCCACCCGCUCUGAACCUGACUGCUUACCCAGGCCCCGGAACUGGUCCUCAGCGUCAACCCAGUCUCCCCGUCCUUGCACCAGCAUCGCCGGUCUCGGGCGCAACUUCGGGUCCCAUUGCGAUGCCUGCUUCGCAGGCACAAGUUCGCCCUUCCAUUCCGGGAUCGACUACUCAUUCUUUCAUCGCCGCAAUGCAAGCCAUGAACCUUAACGCGGCGGAGGAGAACCUCCAUCCCGCCCAAAAGACUCACCGCGAUGAGACCUGCAAGCUGCAGGCGCGCAUUUGGGGUCUUCGCCAGGGAAUGUAUCGCCAGAUUGCGAUUCCCCAAGAAUUUCUCACGUCGUUCGACUAUGACGUGGAAGAGCUUAUGAAGAACACGGUCAAGAUGAACCAGGCGCUGGAUUCCCUGGCUGAUGAGCUCAAGAAGACGAAAGCCGAGCAGGAGCGCGUUCGCAGUUUGGAGGCUACGAUUCGUGGCCUUGAAGGCGAUCUUGAGGAUUACAAGAAGCGUGCCGAGAAUUCCGAGAAGGCGUUGGCAAGCAUUGCGGGCCGGGCCGACGAGGACAUGAGAGCCAUUCAGUUCCUCAAAGAACAACUUCGCCAGAACGAAAUGACUCGGAUGAUUCUGCAGGAGCAAGUCAACGGCAAGCGUAAUCUCUGGCUGAACAUCCACAGCGACCCUCAAGAGCGGGCUGCUGUCCUCGACACCCUCGCCCGUUCUUCGACUCCCCUUAGCGGCCAGACAUUUGCCCUGCCCGCGGAGCAGAACUACCCGCAGAGCGUCAGGGCCCCCGGUAGUGUCCGGUCCAGCAGUUCACACACAGCCAGCAGCGUCCAGUCCGGCAGCGACCGCUCCGGUCUCUACGGUGGCGUCGCCCCCUACCUUGCUGGUCACUUCGUCGGCGGAUAUUCCCCUUUCCAGACUAUCCCCCACUCCCACUCUGGACCUGCUGUCUACCCCGGUCAAUCACACCAUCAGCGCCGGCUGUCGAGUGCCACGGCUACCAGCAGCCAUUCCAGUGUCGGGUAUGCCAGCAGUCGCCCUUCGGCUGGUCCCCCUUCCCAGCCUGCAACGGUCGCUAGACGGACCCCGAGGGUCUCGACGAUCGCGGAGACCGGCAGCCCCAAGGAGCGGAAGCGUAACACUCCGCAUUCGAUUGUGAGAGCGAACCUCGAGGACGCCGAGUGCUUGAAGUGGGCCGAUGAGUUUCAGUCGCUGUUUGCCCUCGUUUACGGCUUCUGCGCGUCCUACUUCCACGAGGUGCCUGCAUUCGAUGAGAACUGGAAGAACCACAUCAAGGCCGAAGCCAACGGCGACCUCUGGGAGUACCUCUGCAAGAUCUGCCGGACUUCCCCCGAGCAGGAGCCCGGCGAAAACGCCUUGCGCCUCCUCAAUGAUCGCGACUCCCGCCCUUACCUCAUGCAGCGCCUCAUCCUGCAGCACAUUCUGGUGUUCAUCUGCACUUACGAGGGCUGGAAGGACUACUCGGAGGACGUAGACGACGAGAUGGAGAAGCUUGAGGCGAACUUGAAGACUAUUGACGCUUCCAAGACGUACGAGCGCCAGGUCAUUCUCGACCGCCGGGCGAAGUUAGUAACGGAGAUGGUGGAGGGCACCAACGCGCAGGCGUUCAAGAACUUCAAGCUCACACAGCACCACCAAUUCCUCAAGACGAUGAUCGUGCCCUUCCUGGCCAAGCGGAACAACAAGCAGUCCAACUUCGUCAACGAGGCCUUCUAUGACCUGUUCACCAUCGCCACGUCGGCCUGGGAGCUGUCGGCCAAGCUCUUCCGCUCGCGCCUGACGUUCCAGUACGUCUGGAACGACGUCGGUGUCCGCUUCUCGGCCGAGAUGCACGAGCCGCUCGACUGCAGCGUCGACCGCCUCACGCUGCAGGCCGAGCAUUGCCGUGUCCGGCUGUGCGCCACCCCAGCCGUCACCAUGCGUAACGACCAGGGCAUGACCAUCGACACCAAGAACAUCCUCAAGGCGGGGGUGUUGGUGAUGCGCUACUGA